CGUCGUCGGACGACUGGCGGCGCGCGUUGGCGCGGGUGGUGCCGGCGGUGGUGGUGCUGCGCGUGACGGUGGUGCGCGCGUUCGACACCGAGUCCGCCAACUCCAGCUACGCCACCGGAUUCAUCGUCGACCGCCGCCGCGGCAUCAUCCUCACCAACCGCCAUGUCGUCAAACCCGGCCCGGUGGUGGCGGAGGCGAUGUUUCUGAACCGCGAGGAGGUGCCCGUGCAUCCGAUCUACCGCGACCCCGUGCACGACUUCGGGUUCUUUCACUUUGACCCCGCCGCCGUGCAGUUCCUCGACUACCAAGACAUCCCGCUCGCGCCCGAGGCCGCCGCCGUGGGCCUCGAGAUCCGCGUCGUGGGCAACGACAGCGGCGAGAAGGUCUCUAUUCUCGCCGGGACCAUCGCGCGGCUGGAUCGCGACGCGCCCGUGUACAAAAAGGACGGGUAUAAUGAUUUUAAUACGUUUUAUUUGCAAGCCGCGUCGGGGACCAAGGGCGGUUCGAGCGGAUCUCCCGUGAUCGACUCGCGCGGGUGCGCCGUGGCGCUGAACGCGGGCAGCAAGUCGUCGAGCGCGAGCGCGUUCUUCCUUCCGCUGGACCGCGUGGUGCGCGCGCUGGGCGCCAUCCAGGCGUGCUUCGCGGAGAAGGAGGGCGGCGGGUUCGUCGUGCACAAGUGGCGCCCGCCCGUCGUCACCCGCGGCACCCUGCAGGUGACGUUGAUCCACAAGGGGUUUGACGAGACGCGGCGGCUGGGGCUAAGGCGAGAGACGGAAGCGGAGGUCAGGCGCGAGGCGGGGGCGGCGGAGACGGGGCUGCUGGUGGUGGACUCGCUCGUGCCGGGCGGCCCCGCUGAAGGCAGGCUGGAGCCGGGGGACAUUCUCGUGCGCGUCAACGGCAAGGUGCUGACGCAGUUCUUGGCACUGGAAGCCAUUCUAGACGACACAGUGGGUGGCACUGUGACGCUCGACGUGGAGCGUGGCGGCACACCCCUCUCCCUGGCGCUCACAGUGCACGACCUGCACGCCGUCACGCCUGACCGCUUCCUCGAGCUCUCAGGGGGGGUCCUCCACGCGCUCUCCUACCAGCAGGCGCGCAACUUCCGCUUCCCCUGCGGCCUCGUCUACGUCGCUGAGCCCGGCUACAUGCUCUCACGCGCCGGCGUGCCCCGCUUCGCCAUCAUUCAGAAGCUCGCGGAUCAAGACGUGCCGGACUUGGAGACGUUUUUAAGAGUGUUUGCGCGGCUGGAGGCGGGGGCAAGGAUGCCGAUAGAGUAUGUGACGCAUGGGGAGAGGCACCGGCCCAAGUCGGUGCACGUGCCAUCAUCAGUGAUGGUGGACGGGGUGCACGCGCAGCACUUCUUCGGCACGGCGCUCGUGGUGCACCACACGGCGCAGCUGGGGCUCAUCGUGGUGGACCGCAACACGGUGGCUGUCUCUGUCUCUGACAUCAUGCUCUCCUUCUCCGCCUACCCUGUGGAGGUCCCCGGAGAGGUGGUGUUCCUGCACCCGGUGCACAACUUUGCUUUUGUGGCAUACGACCCAUCAGCCCUCGGAGCAGCAGCAGCGGCGGCAGUUAAACCCGCCACGCUCAAGCCCUCCCCUGCGCUGCGGCGGGGCGACCGAGUGCACCUGGUGGGGCUCAGCCGCAGCCAGGCAGUGACGUCCCGGCAGUCCGUGGUCACCAAUCCCACCGCCACGCUCACUGUGGGCGCUGCAGACUGCCCUCGCUACCGUGCGAUUAACAUGGACGUUGUUGAGAUUGACACUGACUUCGGGCAGUCCUUCUCAGGCGUGCUGGCAGACGACUCGGGCGCCGUGAGAGCCCUCUGGGGCUCCUUCUCCACCUUCCUGAAAUACGGCGACGGUGGAACGGACGAUCUGCAGUUUGUGCGCGGGCUGCCCAUCUCCUUCAUCUCCUCCGCCCUCCACCAAAUCAUCCACGCCUCCCCCUCCAAGCCCCGCACGCUCCCACCCACCGCUCCCGCUCCCGCUCCUGCUCUCCCCACCGCGCCCCACGUUGAAAGCAACGGCCAGGCAGGGGAAGCAGGCGAGGGGACAAGAAGAGCAGAGGCGCAUGAGGAGGGUGGCAAGGGCGGCGAGCAGCAGCAGCAGCAGGCGGCAGCAGGGACAGAAAACAGCCUGUUGAUGAACGGGCGGCUGUGGGCCAUGCCGCGCAUGCGCGUGCUAGAGGCAGAGCUCGCCCCCAUGCUGCUCUCCAAAGCCAGGAGCUUCGGCCUCUCAGAGCAGUGGGUGCACGUGCUGGCCCGUGCUGACCCCGUGCGGCGGCAGGUGCUGCGCGUGAAGGGCACCCUGGCGGGGUCUGCUGUGGCAGGCGUGCUGCAGCAGGGCGACAUGCUACUUGCUGUCAAUGGCCGCCCCGUCACGUGCUUCGCUGAUGUGGAAGCUGCCUGCUGUGAGCUGGAUGCGGGGGGGAGUGAGUCAGCAGGGAUGUUGGAGGGGGAUGGGGGAAGCGGGGUGAGAGAUGGUGCUGGGGCAGUAGUAGCAGCAGCAGCAGGAGAAGAAGCAGCUGGGAAUGGGCAUGUGAGUGAGACAGGGGACAGGGAGCCGAUCGGUGCGACAGCAGCAGGAGCAGACAAAACUGCAGUGAAUGGUACAGCUGAGGCUGCAGUAGAGGCACCAGGGAAGACGGGCGGGAAGGAGGAUGCAGGGGUGGCAGCAACAACAGCCGGGGAGGCAGCAGCAGGGGAAGCGGGCCGAGCGUCAUUGAGUCUGACGAUACUGCGGCAGGGCAGGGAGCAGCGGGUGCAGGCGGGCACGGACGUGCGGCAUGGCUUCGGCACGACGCGAGUGGUGAACUGGGCGGGCUGCCUCGUGCAGGACCCCCACCCUGCCGUCAGAGCCACCGGCUUCCUGCCCUCGCAGGGUCACGGCGCUUAUGUUGCCAGGACCCCCAACCCCUUGGCAGCGCCACCGGCUUCCUGCCCUCGCAGGACCAUGGUGCAUAUGUUGCCAGGCGUGCGGGUUGGGGGCGUGCUGUGGUGCCAUGGCAGCCCAGCGCACCGCUACGGGCUGUACGCCCUCCAUUGGAUCGUGGAGAUCAACGGCCGACCUGUGCCGGACCUCGAUGCUCUGGUUGCCAUCAGCCAGGUGAGACCCGAUCGGCAGUUAGGGGCGAUCAUGAUAGAUUCCCAUUUCCAUCACCAUCACUAUACUUUCUCUGCUGCCUCCUCUCCUCCUUCAACCCCCCUCCCAAUUUCCCUCCCCUUCCCUCUCUCUGCCUCUCAGGAGUUGGAGCACGGGGCGUUUGUGAGGGUGAAGGUGGUGCAUCUGAACGGCAAGCCACGGGUCCUGACACUGAAGCAGGACCUGCACUACUGGCCCACCUGGGAGCUGCGCUUCGUGCCCAGCACCGGCACAUGGCAACGCACCAUCCACAAGAUACAGAAAUAG